CGCCUGCCUGGCCGGGUUCAGUCUUCUUUCGAGCGUCGCAGCGAGCACAUCGAUCUCCAGUCCACCACAUCGUGCUUCGAUUCAGUUCGAGCCACUUGAAAUCCGAUCCGAUCCGAUUCGAGACGAACCGUUUUCCCCGCUGCAAUCGCGUUCGCGAGUGACGUGCCUGCUACAUAAAAUUGCAAACGUUUUAAUUGAGGAGAAUCCCAAACACUCGAGGCAAGAUGACGGUGGAUCUUUCGCCCGUGCAGGAGUACUACAAGGACAAGACGAUCUUCAUUACGGGGGCGUCGGGUUUUAUGGGCAAGGUGCUGCUGGAGAAGCUUCUUUACUCAUGCCACUCCCUGAAGGAGGUGAUCAUCAUCUGCCGGCCAAAGCGCGGCAAGACUCCGGAGACGCGUCUGGAGGAGAUGUUCAAGCUGCCUAUUUUCCAGCGCAUUAGGGACGAAAGGCCCCACAUGCUCAAGAAGGUGUCCAUCUAUCAGGGCGACGUGACCUUCGAUUUACUCGGCUUAAGUGGCGAGAGUCUGAAGCACGUCACCGAAAACACUAAUAUAGUGUUCCACAUGGCGGCCACUCUCAAGCUGGAGGGCAAUCUUCGCGAUGCCAUCGACAUGAACCUGCUGGGCACCCGACGUGCCCUCGACGUGGCCAAGCAGAUGAAGCAGCUGGAGGCGUUCAUCCACCUGUCCACUGCCUUCUGCAACUGCGACCAGGAGGUUAUGUAUGAGAAGGUGUACGAGUUCCCACACAAGCCCGAGGAUCUGAUGCGCCUCGCUGAAUGGAUGGAUGUGAAGACCCUGGACGCCAUAACCCCCGACCUGCUGAAGCCGCACCCCAACACCUACACCUACUCGAAGCGCCUGGCCGAGAUCCUGGUGCGCGACCACUACGAGUCCAUGCCGGUGAUCAUCGCCCGUCCCAGCAUCGUGUCGCCGUCGGCGUACGAACCCGUGCCGGGCUGGGUGGACAACCUAAACGGACCCACCGGCCUGAUGGUGGGCGCCGGCAAGGGCGUCAUCCGCUCCAUGCUGAUCGACACGCGCUACCUAUCCGAGGUUAUCCCGGUGGACUAUGCCAUCAACGGACUUUGCGUGAUUCCGUACCAGUUCGCCCAACUGGCAGAGAGGCCGCCGGAGGUUCCGGUGUACAACAUCACCUGCGCCGAUCACCGCAAGAUGCAGUGGGGUGAGGUGAUCGAGAUGAGCAAGGAGAUCGGCUACCGGUAUCCGAUGGAGGCGGGUCUCUGGUACCCAGACGGAUGCAUCACCACGAACAAGCUGCACCACAACAUAAACGUAAUUCUCUUCCACUGGCUGCCCGCCUACUUCAUCGACUUUAUGCUCCUGAUCCUGGGCCAGAAGCGCUUCAUGGUUCGCGUCCAGAACCGCAUUUCGGUGGGCCUCGAGGUGCUGCAGUUCUUCACUAUGCGCGCCUGGUUCUUUAAGUCGGACGCCUACAUCUCGCUCUGGAACAUUCUGAACGAAGCGGACAAGAAAAACUUCAACAUGGACAUGGACCCCGAGGAGACUGUGCCCAUGUACAUAGAGUCUUGUGUCCAGGGCGGGCGUCAGUACCUAAUGAAGGAGUCUCCGGACAGCCUGCCGCGGGCUCGACUCCAGCUGAAGCUGAUGUACAUCUUGGACCGCGUGUGCAAAACGCUGAUUGUGGGCUCGCUGUGCUACUGGACGUACGGCUUGGUGGCCCGCCUCCUGGGCGUCUGAGCCACUGGACUCCGAGUCCGCACCAUUUCCACUUCUCAUUCGCGCGCAUUUCCCAAUCAAUCUUCGCUUAUGUUCGCUUGGGGGCUGAAGACUUCGGGGCUCUUGACGAGGUCUCGGAUAUCUGGUUUUCAUUUCUAAUUUAAGUGAUUAUCCAUGUUUCAUGUGUGCAAUAAAAGCAGCAGUAAACACCA